AUGAUUCUAGUGAAUGAACAAUGGAAUUCAUGGAAUAAGGAGCAGUUUAUGGAUGUAGAUCAACGAAUCGAAGAAUAUGGGAAGAAAAAAGCUGAAGCGUCAAGUGAAACCAAUCAAGAAGUCGAUUUUUUCAUCGAUAUGCAACCUCAGAUUAGAAAAACUUUAAAGGCUUUUGUUGGUAAUACGAAUUCCAUUGAUGGCCUAAGAAAGAAUUUAUUCACAUUCGAUGAAAUAGGAGCAUCCAUAGGUGUAAAUGAUCGUGAUAAAAAAGUGGGUGCCGAACUUCAAUUGCUAACAAUCUCUACCGAAAUAUGGCAUGAUCAUAAUCGAGGGAAACUGGAAUAG